AUGACCACGUGCGCCUCGGAUCUCCCCGCCAUCGCCGGCAGCUUGAACGGGGGGUCGCGCUCGCAGGCGCCGAUGCGGUUCAAGGGCGUGCCGGAGAGGGCGCUGAUGGCCCACUCAGACAGCGCGGGGGCUAUCGAAUUGGUCAGGGAGCACGGCUUCUCGCCCGCGUGCGACGCCGAGAAGCGCAGGCUCGCGACGGCGCUGCUCGGUUCGCUCGCGGUCGGGGUCGCUCCAGAAGCGGCAGAGCUGCUGAGCAAGGAGCAGGCAGAAGCGUGUGGGGGAGCGGCUGCCGACCCGAUGUAUGCCGCCAAAUUGCAGAUGAGCCCAUUGGAAUCGAUGCCCAUAGUGGCAGGCCAGAAGACGAUGACAACGAUUGCCGUGUUCAGCCACAUUCUGAGGGGGCGGGGAGGCGGCCGCAAGCCAG